CCCACUCCCACUCUUACCACUAUCCCCACCCCAAGGCCCCAAGGCCGCGCGCGUGCGCGGUGCCGUGCUUAUCCUAACCUAUCCCGGCCCAGACUCGCGCAGCCCAAAGCCGUUUCGUCCUCCCGGGAGCUCUCUCUGCUCCCUCGUCCCGGGAGCGCCGGGAUGAAGUGGACGAAGAGCUCGCGUGCCCUGCGAGUGGCUGUAGUGCUGGCCGCCGUGGCGGUGCUACUGCAGGGUAUCCGCAUCUGGCUGAACUCCAAGCGCUUCGUCUUCCAGCGCGAGGAGAUCGCGCAGCUGGCACGCCAGUACGCCGGCCUCGAUCAUGAGCUGGCCUUUUCUCGCCUCAUCGUGGAGCUCCGGCGGCUGCACCCAGGCCACAUCUUGGCAGAUGAGGAGCUGCAGUGGGUGUUUGUGAACGCCGGCGGGUGGAUGGGCUCCAUGUGCCUCUUGCAUGCUUCACUCUCCGAGUACGUGCUGCUCUUCGGCACAGCCAUCGACACUGGGGGCCACUCUGGACGGUACUGGGCUGAAAUCUCGGACACAAUCAUCUCUGGAACCUUCCGCCAGUGGAGGGAGGGGACGACCAAGAGUGAAGUUUACUACCCAGCACCCAGGACUUCCUCACGCUCUUCUACACUCUCCGGGCCUAUACCAGGGCACUGUGUCUGGAGCUUUCCACCUACCUCUCCAGCCAGGGACACUGACCUUCCCCCUCCCCACAACGGACACCCCUUUCCCUGCCCAGAACUAGCGAGGGCAGCCUGCCUCUGUGUGAGAUGGAGAUGGUCAGAGAUGCUCCUGGCCGGACACAGAGGCAGGCCAGAACUCGGCAGGGUGGUCCUGGGGCAUGCACUCAGACCUGGUAGUGGGUUCCUGAAAUGACCCCAAGUCUACUCUCUGGGCAGCACUUUGGGGGAGUAGUGGAGGCGUCAUUCCUGAAGUGUGCCCCGAACCCCAGUUUGGAACUGUGAUAACUCCCACUCUUCCCCCUCACCAGACGCCUUAUAUGUCUAGCUCCCUAUCCUGGCUAUGCAAAGGGGACCAGUGGCCUAUCCCUUCCUUCCCAUCCCUGUAUCCCUUCUCCUCCUGCCUUCCAGGUGGGUGCUACCAAUCAUAUGGCUCUCCCCUCCCUCGUAGAUUCCCACCACCCCCUCACCUUUCUUUUCAGAGCCCUGGAGGGGGAGGAGGCCCUAAAGUGCUACCAACAAGAAUUCAGGCUGUCUCCCAGGCUGUGGGAUGGCAGAGAAAGGGCUGAGCUUUUUCUGAUUGAAUCACACUUGGGUUAGAUCUUUCUGGGCAGGCACACCCCAUAUCCUUUGUGUGCAGCCCAGCAUGGAGACUCAAAGAGAAUUCCCAGGCAGGUUAAGAAACCACAACCUCCCAAGACCAUGCAGGCUGAUGAAUAGAUGGCCUCUGAGUCCUAAUCUAACUGCAGGAUGAGUAGAAGUUCAGAGAACCCUGCAACUCCAGGGAACUUUGAGAAGUUAGCUCAGCCCACCUUCCUUUGUCCCUGGGGCAGCCUAGGCUAGAGAACUGGUGACUUGGCUCAAGCUUUCAUACAGAGAUAUACUAAACUAUAAUUCUACACCAAGUGAUGUAGUUCAGGUUUAGCAAUAGAAGGAGGAUGGAAAGAUCACUGUGGAUCUAGGGAAUCAGAAUGGGACUCCUCAUGGAGAUGGCCAUCCUGCCACAGAGAAAAGAAGAGAUUGGCAAAGAGUGUCAUGUCCUGUGUCCCUUGCUAGGUGUGAUUAGGAGAGAGAUUGGAGUGGCCAAAUCCAGCCCCAAUCCCAUUAACGCCAAACAUUUUAUCCAGGGCUUGGAAGCUUGCAAAAGGCUUUCCUUAGUGGUCCUGUCAGGUAGGACCUGUCUAUUAAGAAGUACCAGGUGUCCCAAAACUCUUGGUGGGCUUUUAAGUUAAGGUGCAUGAAGAUUUUGGGGACCCCUUGUAUUAUCUCCAUUUUCUGCAUGAGUUGGGCUCAUACCUGAAAUGGACUUCUCUUUGGGCACCCAGGUAGUAAGCAUCCACCACUUUACUGAGAUCUCAGACUAGGUCUUUUGAUUCAGAGUCUGGUGCUGUGUUUGAAUCCUCCCGUUUAGCAGUGAGGCUCCUUUUUGGCUUCAGCUGCCCAGCCUUAGGACAGUUGGGCUUCCCUCUGCCACCAUCAUUAGGAAAUCCAGGAUCCUAGCAUUUCUGUCCCUUUGGACCUUGGCUCCCCAGGCUGCCCCCUGGUUCCUCCACCUCAGGGUGAUAGAGUUGUCUUUCCUCCGAGAUCCCUGGAUAUUCAAAGGUUCUUGGCUUCAGCUGUUAUCUGACGGAGGGUGGUAUCCAAGGCCCCCUCGGACCCUUCCUACUGCCCUUAAAGCAGCUUCUCUCCAGAAUCCCUCCGUUUUUCGGUCUGUCUCAGCCUCAAUAAAUAUUUCUUGAAUAU